AUGUACAAGAAACAUCGCAGGGUCGUCAUGGAGCCUCUGGGUGAUUCGGUGUCCCCUGUGCAGGUCACGUGCCGAGGGAGAGAGGAGGGGGCGAGGUGCGGGUGGGGGGAAGAAACGCGGGGGGCACGAGGCCUGGCGACCAUCAACUCGAGUGUGUGGCACGAGUUGGGGCCUCGGGGAGCGGAGAACUCCGCGGAGUUCCAGGGCGCUCUGCUGGACGCCGCUGCCGUGGAGCUCGGCUUGAACCUCACGGCCAUGAGGGCCCCCAGCGGCUUCCCGGCCCUGCUGCCCACUCCAGAGCCGACUCCUCCUCUGCUGCUGCUGCCGGCGGAAAUGGCGGAGUUGGAGGCGCAGCUGGAGAUGGGCGCCGUGGGGCUGGGCCUGGGUACAGAGGGGCCGCUCCAUGGCCUGGACGGCCAGGUCAUGGAGCUGGGGCCCUCCCUGGGCCUGGACUCCGCGCUGGAGCUGGCGGGGGGAGACGCAGAGAAUGAGGAUGUGCGGGGGUUCGACUCCACGCCGUGGGGCGGAGACGAGAAGGAGGAGGGUGAGGAGGUGCGGGGGUUCGACUCCACGCCAUGGGGCGGAGACGAGAAGGAGGAGGCGGCGGCGCUGCAAGAGGCGCUUGGGGAAAACCGGCAGCUGAGCGCUGCACUGGAGCGGAGGGACGCUGAGGCACGGAGGCUGCGUGCCAGGAACUCGCGACUCCGCCAGCUGGCAGAGAGCGCACGGACACUGAGCGCCACGCUGGAGAAUCUGUCCCAGGAGUGGGCAGGGCUGGCUGAGUGUCCCCGGCAGCCGGAGCAAGGCCUGAGUGGCCAGGCCGUGAGUCGUGCCGAGGGCCGCAUGAGGGACCUGCUGGAGGAGGCAUCGCGCUGCGUCCUGCAGCUCGACCCCUCCUCCACCUCCUCCUCCCUCUUCCCUCCUUCCCCCUUCACCCUCUACCCCCCUCCUCCUCCUCCGCACUCCUCCUGCCUCACUCCUCCCAGGGAGCCCAAACGCCGCCGCCUCGAACGGGGGGGCGGCCCCGAGGUGGCGAGCGACCGCUCGUGCCGGCGGCUUCGCGGCAGCGACGCCCGCGCCGCCGACCGCGACGCCGCCGACGUCGCCGUCGACGCCGCGGCGAGGCGCGCGGUUGGGGGUGGCCCCCCCCCUCCCCUCUCUGCCCCCGCGCUGCACGGCCGCUUCGCGGGCUUUGUGACGACGUCGCCGCCGCGAGCGAUGCUCCGGGAGCCCGGGGGAGACGACGAGGGAGGGGGAGCGGGGGCGGCCGGGUUCCGCGCGAGCGUCCGCGAGCACGGCACGGCCAGGACGCUCGUCUUCCGGCGCGCCAUCGCGCUCGUGGCCUGGGCCGCCGCGGAGGGCCGCUACCGCUUCCGCUGGCAGCCCACGUGAGCCACGCACUUGUGGUCAUCACCGGUGUGGACGUCGUGGACAUCAUCGUUGGUGUCAAUACCCAGGAACUCACGAACCCAGACUAGGAACACAUGAACCCGGAAUAGGAGCUCAUGAACCCAGACUAGGACCUCACGAACCUGGACUAGAACCUGGAGCAGGGUGCUUGGCGUGGGGCUGCCCCUCAAGAGCAUGGGUCCGGACCGCUUUAGAAGCUGCACUUUGGUCACAGGCGUGUGGAGUGGUGACGAGGCUGGCUCCCGUAAUGGGAAUGUGGAAAUCCUACCGCUGGCUCGUCGCCCGCGCAGGAUCAACCACCUCUCCUCAAGCGGGGGUCCCUGACGAACGCUUGGCAAGAGACCUCGUCAAUGACUGCCACAUGACAUCAGUAAACCUAUUACCCCGAUGCUACAUAUUAACUUAUUGCCUAAUUUAUUUUCGUAUUUAUUUUCUGCCCCCCAAAGAUCAAGUAACGUUUUGCCAAGGCAAAUAGCAUUUACAGGUCUUUGUUGUGUGAUGCAAGCUGUACUUGUGUAGUGUCAGCCUUCGCACUCUCCCUAGUCAUCUAGCCUCGCCUUAACACCACCCUGACCGUGUUGCACCGAUGGUGCCGACAGGGACAGCCAGCAACUGUCCAGGGGUGCAAUAUCUCGUGGAGAUGGCAGCGAUAAAGGCGUCGAAGAUGAAGACGACGACGACGAGACGAGUCCACUUCCCAGAACCGGCAGCCACGAGCUCGCGCUCUCAGCCGCUUUCAUGCUACCCGGCGCGGCCUGGCUCUGCCCUGGCCGCGCCUCCCUUCUCGAACGCACGAGUGGGUUCCAGGGGCUUCCAGAUGACCCUUGCCCCAGUUCCUCUGCCCUGCCAACACACCCGCGUAUAUGCUCAUCGGCGUGUGUACUGCUCUUCCACCGCAGUUGCCGUUGCUGAACAACAGUCGACGCUAUUACAAUACACUUGUAUAAGCUAUUGUAGAGCUAGAAUCUUCAUAGUCGUGAUCAUAAUAACAAUAUAUCUAUGUACACCUGGCGUGUGAGUAAAUGUGUGCACUUUAAUUUAUCGGUGCUUUUGUGCAAAUUUUAAUAAAUUAUUUGGUAAUUUUUCGUUGGUUAACACUGUGUUCAUACUGCUGCUGUCAUAUAUUGGGUGCCAGAGUCCAAGUGAGUGCAGCAAUUCCUCGAAAUGACAAAAUUAUGGAUUUCAAAAAUUUAAUUUGUAGGUGAACGAAAUUUUAGAUGGCAAGUACCAUGAGAACAAAAUGGAGCACGCGGGAGGCUGCAUCGUCCAUCCACUGCUGGACGUCUGUGAAAAAUAACUUUGUAGUUGAUCAGAUUCCCUCUCCACUCUAUC